AUGGGGCGGGAGCUGCUGCUUCUGCUGCUGCUCCAAGACUGGGGCCACACUGCAGGCUCCGAGCUGGCCUUCGUGCAGGAGCCGGGGGACGUGGUAGCCGUGAGGGAGCACCCACUGGUGCUGCCCUGCCAGGUGGAGGGUGAGCCUCCCGUGUCCAUUUCCUGGCAGCGGGAUGGGCUGGCCCUGGCUAACGACAGUGGUGCCACCCUGAUGCCGGAUGGCUCCCUGCACCUGGCUGCCCUGCCUUCCCGCCGGAGCCUCCCCUCCCGUGCCCAUGAGUACCACUGUGUGCCCCAGAACCGCUAUGGGCGACUGGUGAGCCGGCGGGCUCGGGUACAGCUGGCAAGUCUGUCUCGCUUCCACCAACAUCCAGAGUCCGUCGAGGUGGAGCAGGGUGGAGUUGCCUGCUUCCAGUGCCUGAUCCGGGGGGUGCCUGAGCCCUCCAUUUCCUGGGAGCACAAUGGCACGGUCCUGAGUACUGCUGACCACCGGAUCACACUGCUUCCUGGUGGCAUCCUCCACAUCACCAGUGUGAGCCAAGCUGAUGUGGGCACCUACCGCUGCGUGGCCCACAACGUGGCCAACAUCCGCCACAGCCAGGAUGCCCAGCUGAGCCUGACAGGUGCUUUGGGAUCCCCGCGGCUGCUGCAGGAGCCGGAGAUCCUGUCGGGGCCUCAGAACCUGACACUCACGGUGCACCAAACAGCAGUGCUGGAGUGCAUCGCCACCGGCCACCCACAGCCACUUGUCUCCUGGAGCCGCCUGGAUGGCCGUUCCAUUGGCGUGGAGGGCAUCCAAGUCCUGGGCACCGGGAACCUUAUGAUCUCUGACGUGUCAGUCCAGCACUCGGGCGUCUACGUCUGCGCUGCCAACCGGCCAGGCACCCGCGUCCGGCGCAUGGCGCAGGGUAUCCUGCUGGUGCAGGCUCCCCCCGAGUUUGUCCAGUGGCCACAGUCCUUGUCCAAGCCUGCAGGCAGCAGCGCCAUCUUCACUUGUGUGGCCCAGGGUGUCCCUGAGCCCCACCUGAUCUGGUUGAAGAAUGGGAAAGUGCUGAGUCCUGGGGAUAACAUUCAGCUGACCCAUAACAACAGCACACUGAUGCUGGCAGGGAUCUCAGUUGAGGACGAGGCCAUCUACCAAUGCGUGGCAGAGAAUAGUGCGGGCUCCAACCAGGCCAGUGCCCACCUGGCUGUGACAGGGGACCCAGAGCCUCCCCCCGCCCCCAGGGGCCUGCGGGCUAUGGCUCUCUCCACCUCUGCCAUUCGAGUGUCCUGGGAACCACCCCCCUCCAAUGGGGACAUCAUCGGCUAUGUGCUGCAUCUCCGGCCUGUAGGAGAGCCAGCUGGCUCAGAGCUCCAAGAGGCCGUGGGCAAAAGCACCUUUGAGCAUGUCUUCUCCAACCUGGAGCCUGCCACAGCCUACUCGAUCCACUUGUGGGCCUACUCAGCAGAGGGUGCCAGCCAGGACUCUGCCUCCAUCCACGCCUCCACCAUGGGCAGCACCCCUGCUGUCCUGGGCUUCUCCGCCAAAGUGCUCAAUGCUACCUCCGUGCAGGCCUCCUGGGAGCUGCCACCCCAGCUGGGACCCAUCCAGGGCUUCAAACUCUUUCACCGCAAACUGCCAGCUUCCCAUUUUGAGGGGCCCCUGCUCCUGGCCAGCAGUGUCAGCUCCUUCCUCUACACAGAUCUGGAGCCAGCUGCUCUCUAUGAGAUCAAGCUCCAGGCAUUCAAUGGCAACGGGGAUGGUAACAGCAGUGUCCGUUUUGUCUCUUUGCGUGAUGUGCCCCUGACCACCCCUGGUGAGUGGGGUCCGGCUGGGUGCUCUUGCAGCCAGGAUGAGAGCAGCUCGCUGCCUGGGGUUAUGGUGGGCAUCCACGUGGGCCUGGCUGCCCUCAUCGUUUGCCUCCUCUGCCUUCUCCUGGGCUGGAGACAUAGGUAA